AUGAAGUUACUACUGGGGGUGCUCGCCUCGGGCGCUCUCCAGCUCCCGCUCGGGAUAUCGGCCAUGCGCGCGUCCUUGGGCGUCAAGCAAUCGUUGCUGGCUGAGAGCAGAGAACGCAGCGUGUCGUUCGCCGCAGCGUCCUUCGACCUCCCGGGUCCCAUGCUGAUCUCCGAGGGGCUGGCAGCUCACGCUCUGAAGAACGACGACUACGCGGACAUCCUCGGCCCUGACGGCCACAUCGCGUGCACCGAGUCCGAAUCCGUCGAGAACGACGGCGAAGUCACGGUGGUGCUGGCCUUCUCCAAGUGCUUGGACGAUACGUCUUUAGGCAUCGUGGAGCAAUGGGUGGAUCAAAUCAAGUCCAACAUUGCUACCACAAGCAACGGAGGGGACCUCGCGAUCACCUUCCAGUCGACGAUGGUGCCCGGCGCGUGCGAGGAGCGCAGCGAGAAGAACAAGCGGGGCAUUGAAGACCCGGCCAUGGAGAACCAAGGCGGGCCCGAACCGUCGGACGAACUCGACACGACCGCUCCAGACACGACCGCUCCAGACACGACCGCACCAGAGACCACGGCACCACUGCUGCUCGCCAACCAGGUGCAGCCAAACGACCUCCAGCGUCUGCAGGCAUUCCCCGGUCUCGGCGCUGCCGUUAACUUGGCGGAUGAGGACGUGACUCUUUUGCCCAUCGCUGUUAUCUCCUUCGUGACGGAAGAGGUGUCGUACGGCGAGGUGAUGCAGUUCGAGAGGAACGCGCACGUGUUCAACACGUUCAACUUCCAGAUCUGCAAUGGCGGCACCAACUGCGAGGGCACGUUCGAGAACUGCAUCCACCUGGAGGAGACGGUGGAUCUCUUCAUGUACAACCCGUUCACGGUGACUCGAUCCCUGCACUGCGCGAACCUGGACGGGGGCAUCCCUGUGACGUACCUCGAUGCAUACGGCGGCCGACAGUGCUUCUGCAACUGUCCCGCUGGCUACGAGCUUGGCGAGAACGACUACGGCCGUCCUGCGUGCCACAAGGUUGACGAAGAGACUUGUCCCUGCGUCUGGGCUCAGGUUGACGGCUUCAAGCACGAGAUGGAGACCGACGAGGAGGUGUGCUCGUUCAAAGGCGUGGUCACCAAGUGGGGGCUGCCCGUGCCGUUCCCAAGCGACGGCUACGUCGCGGACAAGCGCGACAACAUCGUGGAGGGGAAUUUGAACCCGCGUAUCGAGCUAUCGGCCGAGCGAGAGCACCAGCCGGAGUACAAGGGGCGCGAUAUUCGCACUGUCCUCAGCUACGGUGCUUCGUUACCGCUAACGUUCGCUGAGCUCGUGGGUAUCGACUCCAAGGCGUCGAGGUUUACUCCGUUGGUGGCGGGUCUGCCUGACUCGGCCGUUUACGAGAAGGUGAGCACGUGGAAGGACUACCAGACGGAAGGUGCAGCCAAGAUUGACGACAUGGAGUUCACAUCCUUCGGCAAGUACAGCCUCGAGGUGAGCGCGUACGACUACUUCUCCAGCGCGACGUGCUCGGGCUGUCUCGUUAUUGCGGACUACAACCGCCCGAAGGCCACGACGCCCUGCCCGCAGAGCUUCUGCGACGAUGUUGCUGACCCCGUUCAUUGCUCGGACUCGGCCGAGCUCACCGAAGCAAACCUGGACAAGGCCAACGAGCUCGCCUCGCAGUACUUCGACUUCGCCAAGAAGGCUACCAACGACGCGUGCAGUGUGGACAACCGGUGCGACUCCGAGUCGUUCAGCCGACGCGACUUCUUCGACAAGGACUACAAGAACCGGGGCUGUGGCCAGGCCAGCGAGUGCUUCGACAAGAGCAAAGUGCUGGACGAUCUACUGAACAACGACAAGGUGAAGAAGAACCCGUUGGUGAAGGGCAACAACCGCAGAAACACUCGUAGGGGAACCACCACCAACAAUGACAACGACGAAUGCGACAACACGGCUGAGCCUGUGCCCGCUGGCCAGUGCACGAGGUGCUGCAAGAUGGAGACGGCGCUCAAGGAGUGGUGGACGGACUACCGCUGCGGCUCGGACUUUGACGUGCGCUCCUGUGACGGCGACAUCGAUCAGAAGUGCUCGUUCAAGCAGUGCCUCGUCAUGAACGGCGACACGUUAGCGACCGUGACUGCAUCCAUCACUGAGGAGGCCAAGGCCGAAUCUGAAUUGGUGCUCGGACAAGUGGAGAACGAGGCCUACCAGACCGUGACUCAAAUCCACCGCUCCCUUGACUGCACUGCGUUCGGUAAAGACGACGGCGAGUGCGAGUUCAGAGCUCGUCUGUCGGAGCUCAUCGACACAACGGAGCAGCUCAACUUUGCACCUUCGUACGGUGAUGUAGACGCCAGCGACUACGUGUUCUGGCGCUUCAAGGUCGUCGCGAAGGACGAGUCGUGGCAGCUCUGGAAGACCGACAAGCACACGCACUACGACGAGGUCGUGCACGACAACGACGCCAUGCUGACCUUCUCCAACCCGGAGACCAAGAUCGUGCUGGAGGCGUGGACGCAGUGCGGCCUGGUGCGUCGCUUCUUCUUCUACGUCCACCUACACGUCAACAGUCCCGUGAGCGUGUGCGAGAAGUUCAACGACAUGUGGUACCAGACGUCCGUGUCCAGGCUGCCGAUCGGCCCCGGCAUGUGCGCGUACCCGGGCAGCGAUUUUGCCGAGCUGACCUUCGACUUCCACCCGAACGCCGGCCUGCUCUAUUCUCGCGACGAGCUGCGCAUGAAGGUCUCGAAGGUCGAGUGCACGGGUGCGCUGGAAGGCCGCACCCCCGCGACGAUCCUGAGUGUGACGGAGAAGUCUCCCGAAAUCGUCACUCGGUUCGCCGUCACGAUGCUCAACAAGGCCAACACCGAAGCUGCCACGGGCUUCCACGUGGAGUGCGCGUUCACUUACAAGCUGUUCAGCGGAAAUGACCGCACGGAGACGUGCAUGCGCGACUUCUCCAUUUCGGACUGCAAGGGCCCGACGUUCGACACCCCCGACUCCAAGUGCGAGUACGACGCGUGCGCUGGCGACGACCAGGCCGGACUGUACGAAGCGUGCGGAGGGAUCGUUGUCAAGGCCGACGACAAGUGCACGAUCGUCGAGACGGGCGAGAAGCCGUGCUGCCAGGGCUGCGGUGACACGGAGGUCACGUGCACGGCGCUGCUCGACCUGCCCAACGACAAGGCCGACAUCAUGCGUUGCGAGCCGAACUCCGAGGGCGCCUACUCGAGUGACUACGGGUACUACGCGGCUGUGCUACUGCAGGAGACGGCCCAGGAGCACCCGGCAGCUGUGGCCCUGCUGGGCGCCACGACGCUGAUCGCUGUGGUGGCGCUUGUGGUCGUGCGUCGCCGAGCGGUGGCUUCGCACUCUGCGCAGAUGGCCGACGACGCCUACUACCCGUUGCUGCACUAG